CCAUGAUGCUUCUGCAAGGAUGUAGCUGUCAGCUGGAUGAAUUUAACAGAUAUGACUUAAGGUGUUUACACCAAUUUCAAAAUGUCUGAACAUGGAGAUGGGGAUGCAGAAGCGAGCUCAUCUGCCACUUUCAGAACAUCAUUUGCUCUGGGUAAAGGACUGCCAGGUCGAAUAUCACUGAAUCCACCUCCGCCAGGCAGACUGACCUCUCUGCGGUCCAGAGAUCUGACCCUGGGUGGAUAUAAAAAGAAAACCUUUGUACCAAAUGUUCAUUCUGUUCGCAAAACUAAAGAUGAGUUGCAGGAGGAGACGCAUAUUGCACCAAAGAAAGAGAGAAGAGAGAGGGAAGACAGACAAAGAGAGAGACGGCGGCGAGAAAAACCACAGAUCAUUCAGUCUCACUCCAUCUUUGAGCAGGGUCCAGCAGACACCUACAGGAAACUAGGUAAUUGGAGCGGCUCUAACCUGAGUGACUGUGAUCCUGCACUUGUCACAAAAUGCAUUAAAAAGGAAAAGAACAAUACAGAGGAUGAUGAUAAUGAAAUUUUACAAAAACUCCAACGAGAUGAUUUUUUGGACGAUCCUGGAUUAAAAAAUGAUCCCAAGCAAAGACCAAUCAGACUUCCACUCUAUCAGUCAUGCAACUUUUUGUCAACAGAUGCAGCUAGCUCAUUUAAAGAAGAGACAGCAUCUGAUAAUGCACUGAAAUUAGCCAGAGCAGAGCAAAAAUACCCUGUGCUAGUAAGGGGCACGUCUGCAUGCCUGCAGCAGCCAACGGUUGGAGAACUGUUCCAAAAGCUGAGUGUUUCAGAUAAGGAAGAACUACUGUUUAUUCAACUUCCUGAUACCAUACCUGGUCAACCUAAAACCUCAAGUCCAGAGAAAACCAGAAAGGAUGGCAAGGCCGAAGACAAACGCUCAUCGCAGAUUAAAGCUCUGGAUCAGCCUGAUAAAGCCGCUGUACCUGUGCUGUCUGACUUCUCAGAGGGUCUGAUUGGAAAACUGCAAAUUAGAAAGUCUGGUAAAGUCCAGCUGGUCAUGGGAAAUGUUACAUUAGAUGUCUCAGAAGGAGCAGCAUUCUCUUUCUUACAGCAACUUGUGUGUGUGCGGCUGUCAGAGGGCCUGACUGGGGACAUGACUGUGCUAGGAAACAUCACACACAAGCUAGUGUGUUCACCUGAUUUUGAGACUUUACUUCAAGACGCCAAAUUGCCAUCUGAUCCCAGCUCGUCCAGCAAGUCCUGAUUUUAUCCCACAUGAAUAUUUAAAUUAUAAUGUAAAUAACUCUUUUUAAACGUGAAAGUUUUAAAUGUGAGGCUUAAUUUCCAAAGCUGACAUUUGUAUUAUUAGAUGAUAUAUUAUUUAAAUCCGAGGCCACUUGAUAUGUAAAGUGAUAGUUCACCUAAAAAUGAAAAUGAUCAUUUACUCACUCAAUUUUGAAAAAAAUCUUCAAGAUGCCCCCCCAUCCAAUGUAAUUAUAUGCACAUUUGCACAAGUGAUUGAGACUUUGCAUGGAAAAGAGCAGCUCAGAUAUUCCUUAAAUUAUCUGAAUUUGUUUCAUACAAAAUAAUACAGUUAUGGAAUGUGAGGUCAAUUAAAUGACUUGUUUUCACAUUGGGGUGAACUAUAACUUUAGCCUUAGCACACUUGUAUAAUUUUAAAAGUUUUAAUGAAGUUUGUGUAGCAUUAUUUUGUAAAUACCUCUUGUUGUUUUUAUAAAAAAAUGUUAAUGUUUAUUUUGUAAGUAAAGACAUAAAACAUGGCGUCCUCUUUUAAAGCAUGAUAUACCAACUCAUUC